AUGCCUGUGGCGCCAAAGCAGCAGCAGAAGCAUCUGCAGUCGCCGCAAGAAGCUGGCUUUCAGAACCUCGCAGCCAUCAACGCAACCAACAUGACAUUCAGGAGCGCGCUGUUGGGGUUGGCGGUGCUCCUUGUGGCGGAGAAGGGAACUGCUUUGUCGCAGAGGUGCCCCACCCAAUGCCCUCUCUGUCCCGAACCAGAACCCUGCCCCGUCCCCCGCUGCCCGGUACCCACGUGUCCCACGUUGCCAGUGCCCCCGCCGUGCCCCGUGCCCAGGUGCCCGCCGAUUCCACCCAUACCCCCAUGCCCACCGCCGCUAGUAAACGUGUCCUGUCCCGAGGUUUCGUGCCCAGAAAUUCCUUGCCCAUCGUGCCCCGCGUGCCCGCAGCCUCCGCCCUGCCCGCCGUGCCCAACGCUGCCCACUGCCCCACCUACCAGAGCUCUGCCAAGUGGAUAUAGAGAAGAGCCGGGCCUAGGGAUUUACAAGGUGUACCGGAUCAGAACGUCUUGGCCCGCAGCGAAUGAAACAUGCAGUGUUGAUGGAGGUUACUUGGCAGUACCAAAUUCAGAGGCUGAAAAGGAUUUAUUUCUGGGCUGGCUUGAUUCCAACAACCUACGAUAUGGGUUUCAUAUUGGAAUUGUACGAAGCGGAUUUGGUAGACAAUUUACGACGGUGUUAGGAGAGUCGUUGACGUCCGCCCAAAUCGACAUGUGGAAAUUGGGAAGAGUGUCUGCUCAAAUUGGCUACGAUUGUACGUACUUGUCUAGGACCCAUGCUGCAAUAGCCGCCGAACAAUGUUCAGACACUGAGCCAUAUGUGUGUGAAUUAUCGAGAGUUUAGAAAUAGAGUUCAUUUAUCAACAACAAACAACAGUUCUUGAUUUAAAAUAAUCAUCAUCAUUGAUCAUAAUUUUUACAUUUCUUAUAUCAUAAUAUCUAUGAUUUACCUACAUCACCUACCAGAACAAUAGUAGUAAGUAAAUAUAAAAAAAAUAUGUUCUAUAUUAUAAAUAUCAUUUGUAUAGGAUUUGAAAGAUUUCAAGAACUGAAAUGUUCUGUGAAUAAUAAACAGUAAUUUUUACCUCUA